CCGAGGAGGAAACGCACCCGGGGCUGCGGGGAGCGCGGCCACGGGGGCACCCGAACCCGAGGACGCGGCAGCUCUGCCAUCUCAGGACUCUGCCCUUCCCCAAGAGAGGAACCUGGAGGAGGACCCAUCAGCCCAUGAAAUUCUAAAAGUCAUGUCCCUUGAGUCAGACUUGUUCAGGGCUGUGGCCAUAGUCUUCUCCCAGGAAGAAUGGGAACAGCUUGCACCUGCUCAGAGGGAUUUGUACAGAGACGUGAUGUUGGAGACCUAUAGCAACCUGGUCUCACUGGGUCUUGCCAUCGCCAAACCUGAUGUGAUCUCCUUCCUGGAGCAAGGCAAAGAGCCCUGGGUGGUAGAGAAAACGUCCAGAGGAGGCCUGUGGCCAGUGCUGGAGUCCAGGUAUGAUACCAAGGUAUCCUCUCCAGAGCAGCAUAUUUAUGAAAUACAGUCGCCACAGUGGGAGAUAAUGGAAAGCCUCACAAGUUAUGGUCUUGAGUGCUCGAGGUUCCAAGAUGACUGGGAAUAUAGAAGCCAGUUUGACAAACAACGGGGAAAUCCAGAUGGACAUUUGAGUCAAAUAAUAAUCAAUCAUGAAGAAAUAGCCACUUUAAACCAACAAGCAUCAUUUCCUUUUUAUCAGAAAACUCAUCGUGGAGAAAAACCCUAUGAAUAUAACGAAUGUAGAAAAGACUUCUGGCAGGAGGACUUCCUUAUUAAUCAUCAAGGAAUUCAUGCUAAUGAGAAACCCUAUAAAUGUAAGGAAUGUGGCAAGGCCUUUAAGUAUGGCUCACGACUAAUUCAACAUGAGAAUAUUCAUUCUGGCAAGAAACCCUAUGAAUGUAACGAAUGUGGAAAGGCCUUCAAUUCUGGUUCAAAUUUCAUACAACAUCAGAGGGUUCAUACUGGUGAGAAACCUUAUGAAUGUAAGGAUUGUGCAAAGGCCUUUAGUCGAAGUUCACAGCUGAUUGAACAUCAACGAAUUCAUACUGGUGAGAAACCCUAUCAAUGUAAGGAAUGUGGCAAGGCCUUCAAUAGGAUCUCACAUCUUAAAGUACAUUAUAGAAUUCAUACUGGUGAAAAACCCUAUGCAUGCAAGGAAUGUGGGAAGACCUUUAGUCAUCGGUCUCAGUUGAUUCAACAUCAGACUAUUCAUACGGGCAAGAAACUCUAUGAAUGUAAGGAAUGUGGGAAGGCCUUUAAUCAAGGCUCAACUCUUAUUAGACAUCAGAGAAUCCAUACUGGUGAGAAACCCUAUGAAUGCAAGGCAUGUGGGAAGGCCUUUAGGGUGAGCUCACAACUUAAGCAACAUCAGAGAAUUCACACUGGAGAGAAACCCUACCAAUGUAGGGUUUGCGGUAGGGCUUUCAAACGGGUCUCACAUCUUACUGUACAUUAUAGAAUUCAUACAGGUGAGAAACCAUAUGAAUGUAAGGAAUGUCGAAAGGCCUUCAGUCAUUGCUCACAACUGAUUCAGCAUCAGGUAAUUCAUACUGAGGAAAAGUCUUGUAAAUAUAAGGAAUGUGGGAGGACUUUACAUCAUGAUUCAGCUACUGUUCAACACCAGAGAAUGCAUAAUAAAGAAACACAAGUGAACAUAAUAAAUGUAGAAAGGCCUUCCAUUAGCACUUAUCCUUUAUUAAUCAUCAGAGAAUUUAUGUUAGCAAGCAGCCAUAUCAAUGGAAAUAAUGGGGAGAGCCCAUUAGCUUAGGCUAGUCCCAACUUCUUAUAUUUUGCAGAAAGACUUGAAGAAUGUAAUGCAAAUGGGAAUGCCUUCAUUCAAGCUAUCCUUUAUCCUGAGUCAUAAGAUUAAUAAUGAAAAAUUUUUCGGAUAUAAAUUGUUUAGACCAUAAUUACUGAAGAAGCAAGGAAAGUUUGGAAAAAAAAUUGUCUCUAACAUAUUACAGGAUCACAUUUUCUAACCACACUGUAAUAAUUUUAACAACAGCCAGAAGUUUUAAUUUUCUUGGCAAUUGAAAAAAA